AUGCUCGCGCGCAUUUUCACUCUUUCGUUGGGACUUUUAGCCCUCCCACUUGCUUGUUUAGCGAACCCGACACAGACCAAACUUGCCUCUCUCGCCGCAAAGAACGGAGGAGUGAUCAAGCUUGACUCUGAACUAUAUGACGUUAUUACCGCCAAGGAUAGGGAAUGGAGCGUAGUGGUGCAAUUGACAGCCAUGGGGGACCAAUUCAAGUGCGAACCUUGCAGGCAGUUCAAUCCUAACUUCAAUGCAGUUGCCAAGUCCUGGCACUCCAAGGUCCCCGCGGAUAAACGUGACACCCACUUCUUUGCAACUCUGGACUUUGCGGAUGGAAGAGACUUGGGAUUACAAUCUGCUCCCUUUGUCAAUUUCUUCUCAGCUGCAAAAGGGCCAAACAAGAAGCCAGGAAAGCAAGACUCAUGGUCAUACGAUUUUAAUACAUUCUCCUUUGACGCUGCGACGUUCGCCCAAAAGAUCUCAGAGCACACCAUCGUUCCCGUUCCGUAUCGCGCACCGCCCAAUUAUGCGCUCAUAAUAAACAUCGCUUCUAUCAUUGUUAUCGGGGGUCUUGCAGCGCACUUCUCAUACAAAUACUUUGGCCCGAUUAUCUUCUCUCGCUGGACUUGGGCGUUUGUUGUAGUCCUCACCAUGCUCACCUUUACAUCUGGACACAUGUUUGUCAAGAUUCGGGGUAUGCCAUCGACUAUGCGUGGACAAUGGAUCGCUGCAGGAUAUCAAAAUCAAUAUGGAGCUGAGGUGUCUGUCAUUGGUGGCAUUUAUGGUGCACUCGCUUUUGCGCAGCUCAUGCUUAUCUUCGGAGUACCUCAUGCGAAGAAUGCUGGCAGUCAAAGAAUGUCAAUUUACAUAUUUUCGUUCCUUAUGAUCAUCGUAUUUAGCAUGCUGGUGUCACUCUUCCGAAUUAAAAAUCCUAUUCGCCUGGCGGUUGAUCGGACAGCUGAAUACUUAAACGGACUCCACCGAGCCCUGGUCAUGAACCUCGCCGCUACAUCCCCCCGAGGCACAUCUUACCUUCGAAUUGACGAUCCCCCGUAUAUUUUGACCCAACGACCUGUCCCAACUCGAUUCAAUAGUGAUCAAAGCCCAUCGCCUGAUCAAUACGCGCCUCGAACAGCAUCGAUGUUGCCUCAGUUGACUAAAAAUACCAGCGCCAGUGGUACUACAGCCAGUAGUACAAGCGGAAGGCUUGUUCCAAGACGGAGAUUCAAGUUGUUGCUAACGUAUGGGACUGAUUGCAUCAUAUUCUACCUACUAGACGAGAUUGAAGGUUUCAAAAGACAGUUCUCCUUGACUGACACCUCUAUACAGCAUACUUUCGCCGUCCACGAGCGUGUUCCGCCCUGGCUCCUUUAUAUUGUUGCGCUUAUCGCUCCCGCCGUAAUAAUGCCCAUCGUAAAUCUCCUCACCGUACGCUCUUGGUGGGACUGGCACAACAGUUGGCUGGGACUCCUGCUGGGACUUGGUACAACAGGAUCGCUUACCCAAGUAGUUAAGGUUACGGUCGGACGCCCGCGACCGGAUCUACUCGACAGGUGCCAGCCUCGGGCUAAUGUGCAGAAUGCCCCCGUCUAUGGUCUUGUCACAGCCGAUGUAUGCACCACAGAUAAUCAUGAGCGGUUGAAGGAUGGGUUCCGUUCGUUUUUCAGUGGCCAUUCAAGUUUGACAUUCGCUGGGCUCGGAUUCCUUUCAUUUUAUUUAGCAGGAAAAAUGCACUUGUUUGAUCAACGUGGUCAUACGGGCAAAGCGUGGAUCUCCCUCGCCCCACUUACAGGUGCUCUUCUGGUUGCUAUCUCUCGUACGAUGGACUAUAGACAUCAUUGGCAAGAUGUGCUUGUAGGCUCUAUUGUUGGCCUUGUUCUUUCCUAUUUCAGCUACAGGCAAUACUACCCCAGCUUGGCAUCCCCAUUCUCCCACCGACCAUACUCGCCCCGUAUUCCUCGAUACGAACAAGAUCAGGCUGGUAUCCCGAACUCCGAGCCCACGAUAACUGUUACACCUCCUGCCGAAUCUGGGCCCGCUCCAGUUGGCGAGUCAAUCGAGCUGGCAGGUACUGUCAAGCGUGGAGGACAGGAUCUCUCAGAUAUGUAUAAGAAAGAAAGAGAAGGAGAGCGUUCUCAGAACCAGCAAGAUGCAGUAGUUCGUGGAGACGCAUCUCAGCAAGUAUAA